CCUUGAACGCCCAAAUAAGGAAUGAUCCCCCUGGUGAGGCUAAGCCCGCUCCUGCGCCACUACGUUUCGUCUCUGUGACUGCACCAAUGUUGGGACACGUAGCAAAGUCUCCACUGAAGCCCAACUUUUUCGUGAAAGGAUCGAGGUGUAUAUCAGUCAGGUCCUUACUUCACGGAUCACCCGAGGCGAAGAAAGCUGGUGACAUAGAGAUUCUGCAGCACUCGAGGCUCGUUGCGAGAGGAAAAUACGUGCAUGGGUUCGAAGUGCAUCGCGCGAAGCCGGACUCCAUCGACAAGUAUAAGGAAGCCGCAGAGAACUAUUACGCCGGUAUCAAGAGUGAUCCACGACUGCAUGUCAAGCUCACGGGUAGCUGGGAGACUCUUGUCGGCGACCAGGAUGUCUUUGUUCACAUCCUGGAAUACGAGAAUUACGCAGGCUACGAUAAGACAAUGGAGCUCAUUAGAAAUUCGCAGCACGUGGAGUCCUACAGAAAGCUUCUCCCACACAUAAAUUCCCGCACUACACAGCUUGCACAAGAAUUUGCUUUUUUACCCACCGCCCCGCCACAUGCUCAAGGCGGAAUCUUCGAGCUCCGGUGUUAUCAGCUGAAACCGGGGACGCUACUGGAAUGGGAAAACGCUUGGCGUAGAGGGAUAGAGGCCCGUCGCAAAUUUGUAUCGCCAGUCGGCGCGUGGUUCUCGCAGAUUGGAAGACUUCACCAAGUGCAUCACCUAUGGCAAUACCCGAGCCUCGAUGCUAGGAAAGAAACAAGAGAGAAAGCAUGGCAAAUCGACGGUUGGGCGGAAACUGUUUCCAAGACCGCACAGCUUGCUAAAGAGAUGGAUUCUUUCAUACUCGCACCACUCCCGUACAGUCCCCUCAAGUGAGGGUUUAUUACCGGGACAUUGCAAUAUUGCAGCUUUAGCUGUGUUUCAAUGCUCAUGAACAGCUCUGGAGAAACAUGGCCAGUUUCCUGACUGUCGGCGUAUAUAACAUUGAUUUGUGUCUCCAAUCCUGAACAUCUCCCUAGUUGUUCCCAGCCUGUUCCUCCGUUCGGCCGGGUUCGGAGGGUCUAGCUUUGAAUACUUGUAAUUUAUUCAAGGUGAUGCGUGUGAAGGUACUACUAAGAUUGUGACUGAGUAUAGACAUAUUAUCAAUCCAGUC